GAUUUUUACGACAGAUGAAAACCUUUUACGACAUGACGUCCUUCUUUCCGACAGACGCUGACGCAAAGGGUAAACAAACUCCUCGUUAAGCUAGUACCGUGGCGAAAUCUCUCCAAAAUGUGAAAUAAAGUGGGAGAUAAAGUGUAAGACAGUUAGUAUAAAUGUAAUGGAUAUUUUAUAAAGCUUAACCGAAGCAAAGCUGACAUAAAAAUCUUUUGAAUGAGUUGCUGCCGCGGCUAUUUUGCCAGACGGACCUAGUAACGUUAGUGAAUAUUUAGUGUCGAUGGAGCAGAAGCUUGCGGAGUUCAGAGCUCGACGACAGGCUGGAAAUGCUGCUAAAAAGGACCAGGGUGCUGGUCCAGAGCACCCGGAGCCAGAUCACGAACCGACUGUAGCGGCUCACCCUGACACAUCAUCAACCGCUGACAGGCAACAGACGAAAAACAACCGAGCUGCAGCUCAAAGCUCUCAAACCCAGGACCAUAGCGACUGGCUGCUGGACUCCGCUCUGGGAAGAUGGCUAGCAUCGAGACGGUUUAUCAUCUCAAACCUUACUUUGCUCAAAGUGCUGCUUUGGCUGGUGCUGCUUGGCCUGUUUGUUGAGCUGGAGUUCGGCCUGCCCUUCUUUGUCAUCUCUCUCUUCUACUGGCUCUACGAAGGACUCCGUAGCCCAGCAGCCCGCGAGCCCGGAGAACUGAGCGCUUACUCUGUCUUCAACCCAGAAUGUCAGCCUCUGCUGGGCUCCCUCACUGCAGAGCAGCUGGAGGGAGAGAUGGGUUACAGACCUCUUGCUAGCAGAUGAAAUGCUUGUGAUUUGCACAUUUAUAUCAAAUAAUCAGGCUUUUUUGUCUUUUCUAUGUUAAUCGUUUAAAGAAUUUACAGUGACUUAAAACUGUAAUAUCAGUUUGUUGCGGUAUGUCUGUAUGACACAUAAAAUUGAGAUUUGUCUACUUA